AUGCACGACUGUGAUCAUGCGGAUGCAGUCGCCCAGAUUGCUGAAAUUGAGAAGCUGGAAGGCUUGUCGUCCAAAAGUCACAUGCAGCAAACUGCUGCAUCGUCAGCCAAUCUACUGCAACAAUAUGCAGCUGUCCCUUGCUGGCUGGACAUCUUCUUUGUCCCGAAGCAUUGUCUUUUGCGAUCUGCCAUCGACGUUCAGGACCCAAACGACAGCUGCGGCCUCGAUCUGUUACCGUCUGCCCCUGAUUCCCCAUCACCAGAUUCACUGUUCCGCCUCACCCGUGUCUCUCUCCUCUUCAUCACCUCGAUCGCUCUCCCGUCCAUUCACUUGACGAGCUCGAUCGGAAGCCUUCGAAUUCGUGGGCGCAGACUCAUACUCAACAUUGACCUCGGAUCACGAUACGGACGCAUCUCCCACCUUCACCCCGACUUCGACCAGCUCCUGUCCGCCACUUCCACGCUCUGCGCCGUCGGUCCCAAUCGCCGUAAUCAUUCCGGCUUCUUUCUGGCAAAGUGCCGACCUUUCUCAGCUCCAUGA